CGUAUAUAUACACUCACUUUUAUCCAUUCUUACUUCAAACCAACACACCCUUUUUCUCAUUGAUCUGCUACACCAGCAAAAACUGAUUGAACUUACUCCUCAGUACCCACUACUGCGUCUUCCACUAUUCCAUUCCUUCUCCAACUAACCAAGUACAUACAUGGAUGAUUUCUUCCAGUAUUCCCCCGAUUCCGAGAGUAGCUGUGGUCGCGUCGUCAACUUGUCUGACGAGGAGGUUCUUUUGGCUUCCAGGAACCCGAAGAAACGUGCCGGGAGGAAGAAGUUCAAGGAAACCAGGCACCCGGUCUACCGGGGUGUGAGGAGGAGGAACUCCGGGAAGUGGGUGUGCGAGGUCCGCGAGCCCAACAAGAAGUCCAGGAUAUGGCUGGGGACGUUCCCGACUGCCGAGAUGGCGGCGCGCGCUCACGAUGUCGCCGCAAUAGCUCUGCGUGGGCGGUCCGCCUGUCUUAAUUUCGCGGACUCGGCCUCGAAGUUGCCAAGGCCGGCGUCGGGGGAAGCGAAGGACAUUCAGAGGACGGCGGCAGAGGCUGCAGAGGCGUUUCGGCCAGCGGAUUUGAUGGACACUUCGUCGGAAACGGUGGCGGAGGAUGAGAGGCAAUCGCCGGAGGGAGUGUUCUUUAUGGAUGAAGAAGCAGUGUUUGGGAUGCCGGGGUUGCUGGCAAAUAUGGCAGAGGCGAUGCUCCUGCCUCCACCAAAUUGUGCGGGAGAUGAUGCUUUCAGUGGUGGUGAUGACGUGGAAGCUUCAGCUGACAUGUCAUUAUGGAGUUAUUCCAUAUAAAUUAGAACUCAUAAAUAUAAAAUCAUAUCAUCACCCGGAACAUAUACCAUAUAAAGGUGAGAGUAAUAGUAGUAGUGUUAGGAAACCGAAUGGGUGAUGAGAUGUGUUUUGAAGUUGAAGCGGCCAUCAUUCCGUACUCUUUUUUUUAGAUUGAGUGCGGCUACUGUGUGUCACUGUCAUGUGUUCGAUCUACAUAGAGAUGAGCAUUGUAUGUUGUAAGAUAGCAAGUAUUGGGUUAUUAUUAUCAUGAUAGUCAUCUGGGCACAUAAAAUGCCCAACAAGCA